AUGAACAACAACCACAAUCACAAAGUGCCGGAAACCUCGUUCUUCCGAAUUUUAAACUGGGAGCGGUACGUGCCGUACAACUCUAAAAUCGCGCUCGUCGGGACGAUCGUUUUGACUGGUGCGGUUGCAAACAUCGCGCUUUCUGUUUGGGAAAACAAUAAGAACAUACACAAGAGAACGAAGAACAAGAACGAGUGA